AUGUCUAAAGAAUAUCAAGCUCAAGCAUUCCGCACCCUCAUAAAACGACUCGAAUCACGCCGGGCUCAACGUCAAUCAUACUUGAAUCUUUUGGAAGGAUCCUCGGCUCCUAUGAACAAUCAGCUUGUGCUCCCAGAAGACCAGAAGAAACGCAUCUUUGCCAUCAUUGAUGGCACAAAUUUUAUGAUAUUAGAUGUUGCAGUAAACCAUGUUCCCAGGCGCUUUCAUGGAAACCAUUUCCCAGCAGAAAAUGGCACAGAAAGUUCUCUGAGAUUCCCCGGUCCUACUUUAUGCUCUUGUUCUAGCCGGCAAUUAUGUGCACCACGCCCAAAAUUUGUGCAUUCAACUUAUAAAACUGCACUGCAAAGUUAG